UGGCGUGUGUGUUUGGGAGAAAGCGAGCGAUAGGAUGGGAUACUUUUUACUUCGCCUCGUGCGUUUUUUGAUGUUCGCGACCAUUCUCGUGCAAAGGGGAGAUUCGAAUGAGAUCCUGGGACUGAAGUUAGCCUUUGACCCCAUCCUCAACGCCAACACCGUGUGCCUGACCCUCCCGGGCCUGACACGCAAGCAGCUGGACGUGUGCAUGCGCAACCCAGAUGUGACGGCCUCUGCCAUCCAGGGCAUCCAGAUUGGCAUCCAUGAGUGCCAGCACCAGUUCCGAGACCAUCGCUGGAACUGCUCCAGCCUGGAGACUCGGAACAAGAUUCCCUACGAGAGCGCGGUGUUCAGUCGGGGCUUCCGAGAAAGUGCGUUUGCUUACGCCAUCGCGGCGGCGGGGGUGGUGCAUGCCGUGUCCAACGCCUGCUCCCUGGGGAAGCUGCAGGCGUGCGGCUGCGAUGAGAAGAGGCGCGGCGACGAGGAGGCCUUCCGUGUCAAACUCAACCGCCUGCAGCUGGAGGCCAUCAACCGGGGCAAGGGUAUGGUGCACGGCGUGAUGGAGCGCUUCCCCAGCGAGGCCCCGGGGCCCCAGGACUCGUGGGAGUGGGGCGGCUGCAGCCCUAACGUGGAGUACGGCGAGAGGUUCGCCAAGGACUUCCUGGACUCCCGCGAGACCUACAGGGACAUCCACGCCAGGAUGAGACUCCACAACAACAGGGUCGGGCGGCAGGUGGUGGUGGACCACAUGAGGAGGAAAUGUAAGUGUCACGGGACGUCGGGCAGCUGCCAGCUGAAGACGUGUUGGCAGGUGACGCCCGAGUUCCGGUUGGUGGGCUCUCUGCUGAAAGAGCGCUUCCACACAGCCACGCUCAUCAAGGCCCACAACCGCAACACGGGCCAGGUGGAGCACGCGCACCCGCCUCACCGUCGCCGGGCCAACAGCAACGACCUCGUCUACUUCGAGAAGUCGCCGGAUUUCUGUGAGCGGGACCCGGCGCUGGACUCGGCAGGGACACAGGGCCGGAUCUGCAACAAGACGAGCCACGGCAUGGAUAACUGUGAAAGCUUGUGCUGUGGACGGGGACACAACAUACUGCAGCAGAGACGCAGUGAACGCUGUAACUGCAAGUUCCACUGGUGCUGCUAUGUGGUGUGUGAGGAGUGCAGCGUAACGGAGUGGGUCAGCGUCUGCAAAUGAGCCCCGCACUAACA